GUCUAUAAAGCGCCAUUAUUAAACAGCCUUUAAAGUACAAUUCCGGUACAAUUUCUUUAACGAAUCAAAUACGCCAAGUGCGAAGGACUACAUACAUGAAACCGAAGUUGUUAAAGUGCACACAACGGUACAAAGUGCUCACUGCGCGACCGCGCGCGACAUUACCUCUUCUGUUGGUGACGUAGUUGCCUCAUCCUACGUAUUCCUUGUAGGAUGGCAGCGCGGGAACAAGUAGCAGUGUAGAUGUGAUGGUAAAAGUUAUUGGAAAUAAAACUAUCUAGCCAAACAAACAGCUAUGGAUUCCUCGGAGGUAGAGUUCCUCGCCGAGAAAGAGAUGGUGAAGAUAAUACCAAACUUCAGUUUAGACAGGAUCUAUUUGAUCGGGGGCGACCUGGGUCCUUUCAACCCUGGACUGCCUGUGGAUGUUCCUGUGUGGCUGGCCCUUAACUUGAAACAGAGACAGAAAUGUAGAAUUGUUCCUCCUGCGUGGAUGGAUGUUGAGAAACUGGAGGAGAUGCGAGAGCUUGAAAGGAAAGAAGACACCUUUACGCCUGUUCCCAGUCCUUACUACAUGGAGCUGACAAAACUGCUACUGAACUAUGCGUCUGACAACAUCCCUAAAGCAGAUGAGAUCCGCACGCUGGUCAAAGACAUCUGGGACACGCGUAUUGCCAAACUCCGCCUCUCCGCCGAUAGCUUCAUCAGUCAGCUGGAGGCUCAUGCCAAGCUGGACAACCUGACUCUGAUGGAGAUCAACACCAUACGAGCGUUCCUUCUUGACUCUCUCAACUGCAUGUACAAACUACGUUCCAAUCUGCAGCCUGGUUCAAGUAAGGGACAGUUCACAGACUAUUGAUCCACAAGAUAAGACCUGCGGCACAGGUUUGGAUCUGGACUGAGCAGCUGAUCAGCCUUGGACUGAGGUUUUUACUUUCUCACCAGGCCCUUCAUUACUCAAAAGACUGUUUUCUCAGAAACUGAAUUCAUAAGAUUUAUGUUAAUGGUUGAUUAAAUCUGAAUUUUCCUCAGCUUUUUUAAAGGAGUGGUAAUUUUUUGUAACAUGCUUUACUCCCUACAUGUAAACAGAAUCUAGGAUGUAUUUGUAUUUACUGUUUGAAAUGUGCACAUAUUUAAUUUAAUUUAGGAUGCUCGCUGUAGUUUAAAACUGCCACCAUUUUUGUAUGUCAGUAAGUGUCAAAAUACAUGUAUUUGUGUGUAUUUCUAAGGUA